CACUACAAUUUACCGAACAUAAAAGUAUGCGAAAGAGUCGUGUAGGAUUGUUGUUGAUUCGUUAUAGCCUGUGCGGCUAAAUAGCUAUUAGUUUCCGAAUCAUGGAGGACGAAGAUGUGUUCGAUAACUGGGAAGAAGCAGCGGAUAGCGGAGAAAUCGACAGGCGGCUCGAAGCGAAGCUGAAAAUCAGUCAGAAAUCUGAAAGUGUACCUGUGAAGACGGGUGUGGUGAUUCAGGACGAUUCGCUGCCCGCGGCUCCGCCUCCUCAGAUCCGUAUCCUGAAGCGCCCUCCCUGUAACGGGGUCCUAAACGCACAGGGCGCGGCCUCUCGACCCGCACAGCAGCCCAAAUCUCUGAAGCAGAGGGAAGCAGAGUACGCCGAGGCUCGGAGGAGGAUUCUGGGUAGCACAAGUGCUGAAGACCCUGCGAGGGAAAGAGACGACUCGGACAGACUGCCAUCAGAAUCUCUUCAUUCCAACAGUAACGUUAUUCGGCAGCCCCGGGGGCCGGACGGAACGGCAGGGUUUUGCCUCAGAAGAUAGAGAGACGGAUAGAGAGGCCGUAAAAAAAGAAAACCAGAGUCGCUUCGGUCAAGAGCUCCCGUCCGUCUCCUCUAUUCUGUCUGAGCGAGGGAGGACAUAAUGACCGUGUGAUCACUGUCUAGGUGUGUACACUGUGAGUUUAUCAGUAACACUCACUGGGGUCCAGGCAGCAAUCACUGCAGUGUUUCGAUACGGCUCAAAGCGCCCUUGUCGACUUCCCCUAAUGAGCUGAGCCUCCUGCUUUAAACUCUCUGCAAAGUUGUAGCGGCUCACAAACGCGCUGGUUGACUAGCAUGCUAAUUUCCUGGCGUGCUGUUCAGUAAGCUUCCGUGUACAACAUGGAGCUAAUCAAAAGUUAUAUAUUUUUAAGCGUAAUGUUAUUCUUUUUUUUACAACAUGAUUCUCACCCUUUUUGAAAAGGCUGCAGUGCCUUCUGGGAAGUUUCAGCUCCCAGUGUGUACAGUGAUGUCAACCAAGCCUUGAAAGGGAAGUCCAGUGAAGUUCAUCUGAACUGAAGAAUAAGCCAGAAGAGGGGAGGUGGACAAGGGUGCAUGAAAACCUCCAGAAAAAAAAGCUCCCUUCUGAUACGUUACUCCGACGACACAGAACUGAUUGGGCUGAAACGAGCCUCGUUUUUGACCGAGGCUUUACAGUUUGUCCAAAGAUGAAAUGUCCACAAAAGUUUAGGGCUGUGGGAUGAUUCUCUCACACACACACACACACACACACACACACAGAAGGAAAUGGUCUGUUGUGGACGUUUCAUUUUUGCCUGAAUUCACUUUUAAUUUGAUGGCUGAUGAUGUAACACACAGUAAAACUAAACACAGCAAUAAUCUUAUAUAAAGGGGACAGGAGUCGGGAGUACAGCCGUAAACGGGUCUGAUUAUUCUGCCUGCUUUUGCUUUGUGUUUUAAGCUUUUGUUUCUGUUUUGAAAUAUAUGUAUUUUAAGUUCAAUGAGAAUGGAAUAGUUUCUGUGUCUGUUGACCGCACAGUUUAUAUAUAUUUAACAUUUUAACUCCAUGUUUUACGCUGUGAUGUUUGACAAAUGUCACUUAAACGGUUUGCGGCUCACGAGAUACAGAGUGACGGUGAUCCUUGAAAACAGGUACUGCCGAAUCACAGAGACAACGUUAAGAGCUUUUGAGAAAACAAUAUUUUUUUUAAGAUCGCCAUAAAAAAAAAUACUUGCAGCCUUUUGUUUUCUGUUCGUCGUCAGUGCUCUGAAGUCAUAAUGACCAUUAAAAAAACUUUUAACAGGUGAUGAGCUCGUAAUACCUGUAGGCAUGACUGGAGUGUGAUGGACUUACUGAGUUACUCACAGAAUGCCAUCUGCUGCCAGAGAGCACAAUGAUGUGUGUGUUUGUGUGUGUGUGCAGAGCUAUGGUAGAUUCUGAGAUGUUCACUUACAGCCUGAAAUACUGUGGGUUGUAUUUCAAGUGAUCUUGUUUAACUCCAGCCAUCUUUUUUUUCUGGUGUUUAUGACUCAGAGCAGCUCUGAAGCAGGUCAGAGGUUAAAAGCUGAGGUUCUGUGAGUCCUGCAGCAGCCCUUUAACUCAAAUAAAUUCCAGUAAAUUUACUAAAAAAAAUUUUUGACCAUCAUCCAGCUCUUAACGUGUAAGGCUUGUUAUUUACACGCAGGCCAUGGGCUCUGUUUAAUAGGUGCUGUGCUUUCAAUGAAAGUCAUCUAAUAGCUCUGGGAGACUUUUUAAAAUAAAUGAUAAUCCAUUUCACCCCCUCGUUUUACUGAAGCACCAGGAUUAAACUUCAUGAUCCGGUGGUACAGUACAGUCUGGUACAGUAUGUCAUUUUUAUCCAGUGCCUAAGAGCCCAGAUUAAUUCUGCUUUUAGAGUAAAGAUGGACUUCCUUCAGUCAGAGGCAGGUGUUAAUCCACACACAAGUCACUGAUGCAGAAAAACUCCACAAGCCUAUUUCAGAAUCAGAAUCAGAGUCAGGUUUAUUGGUCAAGUGUGUUGUUGACACAUGCAAGGAAUUUGGUUCCAGCUGUUUGUGACUCUCAAAAGUACAGACAUAAAUAACACUAUACUAAACAAACUAUACAAUACACUGUAGAUGUGUCACUUCGUUUUUAACUGACCAAACACUAUAUUUUCUGCUCUCGUCAUUAGGCUGUUUCUUCUGUUAUCUUACAGGGUUCAGAUUUCAGAACUCGUAUCCAUUCGCGCACACACCGUUGAGUCUACGUCUGAGUUUUGUGCUGAUUCCUGCAUCUCCACCGAGUAUUUCUUUCCAUAGAACUAAAUAAAGCUAACUGAAAGCACAGCCGUAAUGCCACGACCGGUUUUAGACCCCUUAUCGGUUCUUCGGUUAAAGAUCACCCUGGAGGAGCUCAUUGUUAACGGAGAUGGGAUCGAGUUCUGUUUUAUUUAGCUGGGAACCCUUAACUUUACAGCAGAACCUCUUUCCUGCAUCCUGUUUGAGGUUUAACGCAGGAGUCAGCAGAUCUCUGCUGCUUAGCGGCGAUUCACAAACCAUAAUUAAAUCUUUCAGGCGGAUCUGUGUUUCUGUGGAAGUGUUUAUUUUCCACAAGCCUUUGCCUUAUUGUGUUAGAAAUGUUUUAAUGUGAUGUGACGUUCUUGUUUGAUUCCUGUCUACAUUCGUGUUCCUCAGCUCCAUCCGUGUGCUUUCAAAUAAACUUGGUUUUGGAGUUCA